GAAUUCCUCUCCCUCUCUACUGCUGAUUCAUAUAUCGAGAUAAGAAGGGAAGGGGGAGAGAGAGAGAGAGAGAUGGAAAUAUCAGAAUCAAAAGAGAGAAAGAGAAGAUCUGAUAAUCGCUUCCCUCUCUCUUUCUACUUCAGAAUUGCCAAUCAAAUUAUCAACCAGGCAAAAGUGUAUAGAGAUGAGCAGAACAUCAAUGAUCUUUUUAUUACUUUGAACAGAUAUUCAAGUUUACUAUCAGAGAUCAUACCUCAACACCCCAGUUACUUAACUUACUCUACGAAAGAAAAGCUUCGUCAUCAGAAGACAUUGAAGGAGUUCACCAAAGAAAUGGAAACUUUGAAGCCUCGACUUGGAAGGAAAAUCAAUGAGAUUGACGGACAUCACGUUGAGAGGCCUAACAAUAGUGUGAAUGGUUCUCAUAUCACCUCACAGAAUCCAGAAUAUCAUUCCCUUCCAGGCUGCAAUGAGAGGAAGGGCACCAUCAAAACUAAAACUCACAGUAAGGACUUCUCGACCAAUUGCGUAUCUGUAGUUACAAGUGGUAGUGUCAGAAAUUGCAUCGACCCAGUGGAGAAUAUUGGCUUGGCAUCCGUCAUUACAAUCGAUUCAAGAAUUGGUUGCACACCACCUGAAUCCCCAUGUUUGAUGUCUUCUGCAACGGCAAAGGAUUGCAAUAUCAGCGUGCAUGUCGUCACACAGUCUUCCCCCUCUCCCAUUCUUUCUUGCCUCCAGGAAGCUCCUCAAGCUGCCCAUGUUUCACAUAUCACUGUUUCUGAUUCAAGAAAUGUGAAUUUGAGAUCUUCAUCCUAUGAUAUCACUCAUGAUGUACACAUAUCAGCAAGGUUGAUGGAAGAUUUUCUCGAACUUGCUAGAACUAACACAAACAAAGACCUUGAGACUUGUGGAGUCCUCGGUGCUUUCCUUAAGAAUCGAACCUUUUAUGUUACAACCCUAAUAAUUCCAAAGCAGGAAUCAACUUCCAGCUCAUGCCAGGCAUUGAAUGAGGAAGAGAUUUACGCCAUCCAGGACGAGCAGUCCCUUUUUCCUCUCGGAUGGAUCCAUACCCAUCCAUCGCAGACUUGCUUCAUGUCAUCGAUUGAUUUGCAUACUCACUACUCUUAUCAGGUAAUGCUAGCAGAGGCGUUUGCGAUCGUCAUGGCCCCAACAGAUGCCACAAGGAGCUACGGAAUAUUCCGGCUCACCCAUCCCGGUGGAACUACUGUCUUAAAAGAAUGUGAAAAGAGAGGCUUCCAUCCUCACCAAGAACCGCCAGAUGGGAGUCCCAUUUAUGAGGAUUGCUCCAAUGUUUAUAUUAAUCCAAAUCUGAGGUUUGAAAUCAUCGAUCUUCGUUGAUUUUGUGAUUCAAUAGUUUGAGUCACACGUUGCGAUGAAAAUGGACGGGUAAUAUUUAGGACCAUGUAUUUCAUACCUUGAUGUAUAUAUUUGUAAGCAUGUUUAUUUAAUGUGCUUAUUAGAAAUAUAUGUAAUUGUAUGUGAAAUAUUAGCAGAUGCAGAAAGUUAAUGUUAUGGGGUUUUUCAA